AAAAUGUGGAAAAGAAUGACUCGUGCUUUAGUAAUUGUGGAUGUUCAAAGAGACUUUUGCAAAGGGGGCAGUCUGGAAGUUCCGGGUGCUGAGGAAAUUUUGAAGCCUAUCAAUGAACUUCGCAAUACAGGAUUUUUCGAUGUUGUAGUUGAGACUCAGGAUUGGCACCCGGAGAAUCAUGUUUCUUUUGCUAAGAAUCAUCCUGGUCACGAAGUGUUUGACGCGAUAGAAGAAAGUGGUGUGAAACAGAUUCUGUGGCCUGUGCAUUGCGUUCAGAACUCAGUAGGAGCAGAAUUUCAUCCACUUUUAACUCAUCGAGAUAGUGAUAUACUAAUUCAGAAGGGAACUGAUCCAAACAUAGAUUCUUAUUCUGCGUUCUGGGACAAUGGAAAGCAGAAACAGACUCAACUAAAAGAAAGACUUGUUGAAAAAGAUGUAUCGCAGUUAUACGUUUGUGGACUAGCUUUGGACUUUUGUGUAGCUUAUACUUGUCUUGAUGGAGUGCUAGAGGGAUUCGAGACGUAUUUAAUACUUGACUGUUCGAGAGCGAUUUCCACGAGUUCUUUGACCAUGAAACUCUUAGAAUUGGCCUCCUCUGAUGUGAAGUUUACAUAUUCAAGUCUCUGCUGCAAAAAUUAAUGAAUAUCUACAAGUUAUAAAAGACAAAGAAGCGAUUUUUUGUAAGUUUCUUUUAUGCAGACAGAUAUGGCUCUAACAUCGAAUAGAAACAAAGAAACAAAACCAAGAAAAUAGAGUCAUUCCUAUUCUUGACUUGUCCAAAACCAAUGAAAACAAAAACUUUUGCAUUUUACAA